AUGGCUACCAACAUCACCUUCCACGCCAGCGGCCUCACUCGUGCCGAGCGCACCGACUUGCGCAAGCAGCAGGGUCUCACCAUUUGGUUGACCGGUCUCUCUGCCUCUGGCAAGUCCACCAUCGCCGUGGAGCUCGAGCGUCAGCUCGUCCGUGACCGCGGUGUCCACGCCUACCGUCUGGACGGUGACAACAUUCGCUUCGGCCUGAACAAGAACCUGGGCUUCAGCGAGGCAGACCGCAACGAGAACAUUCGCCGCAUUGGUGAGGUCUCCAAGUUGUUCGCCGACUCCAACUCCAUCGCCAUCACCUCCUUCAUCUCCCCUUACCAGAAGGACCGUGACAGUGCCCGUCAAUUGCACGAGGUUCCCACCCCCGGUGAGGAGACCGGCCUUCCCUUCGUCGAGGUCUACGUCGAUGUUCCCGUGGAGGUUGCUGAGCAGCGUGACCCCAAGGGUCUGUACAAGAAGGCUCGUGAGGGUGUGAUCAAGGAGUUCACCGGUAUCUCCGCCCCCUACGAGGCUCCUGCCAACCCCGAGGUUCACCUCAAGAAUGUCGACCUCCCCCUCGACGCUGCUGUCAAGCAAAUCAUCGAGUACCUUGACUCCAAGAACUACCUUCCCGCUAAGCACGUGCUGGUUCACGUAGCCCACGCCUACGAUGUGCUACAAUACGUCAACCCCUUGAUUGGAAGCGCCAACGGAGGAAAUGUCUUCCCCGGCGCCUCACUGCCCUAUGGUAUGGCCAAGGCCGUGGCCGACACAGACUCAAUGGGCAACCAAGGAGGGUUUACUUCUGAAGGUGGCAAUAUCGUCGGAUUUUCAAGCAUGCAUGACUCUGGCACCGGAGGAAGUCCUUCGUUGGGAAAUUUCCCACUCUUCCCUUAUGCGAACUGCGUUGGUGAUGAUGUGAAUGGUUGCCAUUACCCCAAGAACCAACGGAAGAUCAAGUACAAGCCCGACUCAGUGCAGGCGCAUCCAGGAUACUUCGCUAUUGAGUUGGAUUCUGGCGUCAAAGUUGAUAUGACUACUGCGCAUCACACGUCUCUAUUCCGCUUCCAGUUCCCAAAAGACAGCAGCCCACUGGUCUUGCUAGAUCUCACCGAUUUGUCCAACUCACGACAGGAUAAUGCGACCAUCUCUGUGGAUGAAAAGACAGGUCGUAUGUCCGGAGAUGCACGGUUUGCUCCUAGCUUUGGAUCUGGGACGUAUACCUUGCACUUCUGUGCGGACUUCCAGAGUGCAACGCCUCGACGGGACAGCGGCAUUUUCGUCAACUCGCGUGCCAGUACUGAAGUGCACGAUCUGAAGAUCUCCCGAAGCAUCAAUGGAUACCCUCUUCCAGGUGGUGGAUUUGUUCGCUUUGAGAAAGCGACUGACACCGUGCUGGCCCGGGUGGGUGUGAGCUUCAUGGGGACUGAGCAGGCUUGUGCUCACGCCGAGGCUGAAAUUCCUAACUUCGACUUCAAUGCAACCCACCAGACUGCAGUCGAUCAGUGGACCGAGAAGAUGCAGCCAAUCCGAGUCUCUCGGGCCAACAUCAGCGAUUCUGUCCUCACUAACUUCUACAGUGGAAUCUACCGGACAAUGAUCAAUCCCCAGAAUUACACUGGGGAGAAUCCGCUCUGGUCCAGCAGUGAGCCAUACUUUGACUCCUUCUACUGCCUGUGGGAUUCUUUCCGCUCCCAGAUCCCAUUCCUUACAAUCUUCGAUCCGAGCUCUGUGAUUCAGAUGGUUCGCUCCCUCAUCGAUACGCAGCGUCAUUUAGGCUGGCUCCCAGACUGCCGCAUGUCUCUUUGCAAAGGUUUCACACAAGGUGGCUCUAAUGCAGAUAAUGUGCUGGCAGAUGUUUUCCUAAAGGGUAUCCGAGGGGGUAUUGAUUGGGAUGCGGGAUAUGCUGCUGUUCAAAAGGACGCCGAAGUGGAACCAUACGAUUGGUCUAGCGAGGGGCGUGGUGGUCUACGGAGCUGGAAAGACCUCAACUAUAUCCCUGUUGAGGACUUCGACUAUGAAGGAUUUGGUACGAUAACUCGGAGUAUCUCGCGCACUCUGGAGUACUCGUACAAUGACUUUGCCAUUUCCCAAAUGGCCAGGGCCCUCAACAAGACAUCCGACGCACAGCGGUACGAGAAGCGAUCCCGGAACUGGCAAAAUCUAUUCAAGAAAGACCAGACCUCGUUCUUCAAAGGCAAGGACACUGGAUUCACCGGAUUCUUCCAACCAAAGCACUUGAACAAAACAUGGGGGUCCCAAGACCCUCUCAAAUGUUCCAACAUCGACUACACCGGUAGCGUGUGCUCCCUGCAAAACACCGCCGGAGAAACGUUUGAGUCUAGCAUCUGGGAGUAUCAAUUUUUCGUUCCCCACGACAUGUCAACCCUGAUCAAUCUUCUCGGUGGCCCAGACGACUUUGUCCGCCGUCUGGAUUACAUGCACGACCAAAAUAUCACCUACAUUGGCAACGAGCCUGCCUUCCUCACAGUCUUCCAAUACCACUACGCAGGUCGUCCCGGGAAAUCCACCUCUCGAGUGCGCACUUACAUUCCAGACUACUUCUCACCGACUCCAGCAGGUCUUCCCGGGAACGACGACAGUGGUGCCAUGGGAUCAUUUGUUGCCAUGGCCAUGAUGGGCCUGUUCCCGAACCCUGGACAAGACGUUUACCUACUCACCGUGCCCUUCUUUGACUCCGUGAGUAUCGUUUCCCCCAUCACGGGGAAGACAGCUACUCUGAAAGUGACCAACUGGGCGGAAUACAACACUGCCAAUGUCAAUGAUGCCACCGCUGGUGGGAAUGGAUUCAUCCAGUCUGCCACUCUUGAUGGAAAGCCAUACUCUCGGAGUUGGGUGGGUCAUGACUUCUUCACCGAGGGACGAGAAUUGGUUCUUGUUCUUGGCAAGGAGGAAGGUGAAUGGGGCACAAAACUCGAGGAUUUGCCGCCCUCUCUUGCUCAGGAAAAGAGCGAGGAGAGCAUUGCGUCGAGGCGUGCUUUUUCUGAGAGUCAUGUUCGCAGGGCUCAUUUAGGUCAUUAG